AUGGAAGCCGUUCAAAACUUGCCACCACACCAACAACAAGAGUUCAUGAAACAUCUUGAACAGAUGCAAUUGAAGGACAGUCUAGUCAUGUACAAUACCUUGGUCACCCGUUGCUUUGAUGGUUGCGUCAGUUCCUUCCGUUCGAAAACGUUGGACAAAUCGGAGACUUCCUGCCUUGAAAACUGUGCCGCACGAUACAUCAAGAUGACCCAACGAGUCGGACUACGAUUUGCCGAACACCAGGCCAUGCAACAGAAAAAGGCAGCCGAUGCAGCAGCCGGUCAAAUGUAA